CCUACCUUUCUCAAUCUCUUUCUAUUCUGGAAAUCAAAAAUUUCUCAUACUCCCAUUCUUUCUCGAUCUUUCCUCUGCCUUUUCUCCUCCCUGGAGAGCUCUUUGCCUUCUUCGUCACCGUCGUGCGCGGGUCUUGCAUGUUUCGAUAUGGGAGAAAUCCAGAGGAAGGCAGGUCAGGUCAUGCAUGUCUCGAUCCGAGCGAGAAACAGAGCGAUGGUCGCUUCAAAUCGGCUGGUGAGACUGAGAAGAGAGAGGCAGAGCUGCGGUUGCUCCAAAUCGAUCGUCUUGGUGUCGUCGCCGCCGCCAUGGAAUCAGAUGAGAGGCAAGCAGAGAGGGUGAGUGAGAUAGAGUGGGAUUUUGGAGAUGGGAGGGUGGUUUUUGGCUUUGCCGCUGGAGAGAUUGGUGAGAAGGGAAGAGAUAGAAGAAAGGCGGCUGCGCCUUUGAGUGUGAGCUCGAGGGAGACGAUGUAGGGUUGUGGAGUCGGGCUUUAGGGGUUUGGGAGGGUUGGUGGGCCUGUAGCUGGGCUCCGGCCUAAUUAAGUUGUUGAGAGAGGUGGGCUUGCUGGAGAGAUGGGUGGGCUCAAGUUGGGCUAUCCGGUUUUUCCGGUUUUAACCGCAUCGGACCGGGCUGUGACCACUGCAACCGCAAACUUGAUUGGGUUACUUGGAAUCCGGUUUCCGGUUACAACCGGGACGGUUUAAAUGGCCAGUUUCCGGUUUGACCGAAAAACCGGGACCGGAUUCCCAGCCCUAAUGGGCAUGCAUAAUUAAGUGCCUGAUGAGUAGUGUGUGUAAAUGGUGCGUUUUCACCCAAGUCGAGUAAAGUGAAACGGUGUGUUUCCAGAAAUUCUCGAACCGAAGAACCAAACGGCUGUGGCCAUGGUUUUACCGAAUCAUGCACAUAAAACGUAACAACAAUGGCCGAAAUCUAUUGAGGGUAUUCGAGUUUUGAUAAUAUGAAAACGAGUUAGAAAAAAUCUCGAGAGAGAAAGUGACGAAGAGAAGAGGGCACCUACAAAUUAGUCAAUACCCUAGAAACGAAUUUUAUUCCGAGAAUAGUAGACAUUGAAAGAUUGGCUUCUCAUCAAAACACCAACAUAAGAAGCUGAAACAACUAUGGCACCUUCUUCAGAUUGGUACUAGUUUCAGAAGACUCCUGCUCAUGUUGUUUGUCAUAUUGACUGUGGCACUUUUUAUCGCAGGAAAUACCACAAUCGGUGUAAAGUCGUUGUUUGCAAUGUGUCAGGCAAUGGCGAACACACAAUGCAUAAUCUCCCGAAACUUGAUUCGUCGAGCUUAGGAUUACAAACAAUAGCAUCACUACUCCAAUCAUCAUCUUCAUUUUUCUUUCUUGAACAAAAUCUUGAAACAGAUUUUGAUUUCUUCUAAUAUAGGGUGUGACUGUUUGUGUGAGUGCUUCUCAGAGGAGAGCUCUUCCCUUUCUUAUAGUAGAUUCAGGAAAUCUAUUCCCUUUGGCUAUUAAGGAAAAAAGUCAACAAAUUUGGCGGAAGAGAUUGAAUCAUUUAAUUAUAAUUAAUGCAAGAUUUUUUUUUCCUAAUUGUAAUUAAUGUAGAAAAAGUACCUUUCUUUAACGGCCAACAUCUCGUCCCAGAAGGGUCCUUCUCUCUAAGACUCUAACAGUAAACAGCAUUAAUGAUAAAUUAAAUAACUCAAUCUCUUUUCUCAAAAUGAUUUACUUUAUUUCUUUACAAUCAAAGGAAACAGAUUCCUCAACCUAGUGCAAGAAGAAAUCAAGAUUAGUAGAGCCUUUUUUUUGCUGGAGAAAAAUGAAGACGAUGGUUGGGAUAUACAAAUUUUGGUCUCGCAAGUUUUUUUAGUUGGAUCUCUCUCACAUUUUGGUCCCUUACAAUGUUUGGAAUAUAUUAUCUAGCUCAUUUGUAUUCACUUUGUUGGUUGUUCGUUAGAUUUCAUCAUUUCAACUUCACACACGUCUUAAGUAAGUGUGUGACACUUUUGUUCGUGCAGAAAAUUAUCACUCCUACGAAUAUUUUGCAAAAGAAAAGCAAACAUGGAUUCAUGAAAAGGAAAUAGAAUGGGUGCAGAUUA